AUGGGAAGUUGCUUUAGUGGCUCCCAAACUAUGAGACCCAUGGGAACCUCAAUAGCUGAAAGGGUUGAAGAAUACUCAGCAGCAUCCAAAGAUCUGAAACAAGAACUUCUGAUACAAAUACAAGGAUGUAAAGUUCAUCUGAUGGAUGAAGGAGAAGCUUUUGAAGUAGGUCAAGGGGAGUUCAUGAUCAUGAGAACCUUGGAAGAGAAUGUGUCUCUGGCUACAAUAAUAAAAGUAGGAGAUGAUCUUCAAUGGCCUUUGACAAAAGAUGAGCCAGUAGUGAGGCUUGAUGCUCUUCAUUACCUGUUUUCUUUGCCUGUGAAAGAUGGUGAGCCUCUCAGCUAUGGUGUCACCUUUUCAGAACACAGUUUUGGAAGCUUGGGUUUGGUGGAUUCGUUUCUGAAGGAACAUUCUUGCUUUUCUGGCUUGAAUUCGAGUAAGGAGAAUAAUCUUGAUUGGAAGGAGUUUGCUCCAAGGGUUGAAGAUUACAAUCAUUUUCUGGCAAAGGUUAUUGCAGGAGGGACUGGUCAGAUUGUGAAGGGUAUCUUCAUCUGCAGCAAUGCUUACACCAACAAGGUCCAAAAAGGAGGAGAAACGAUCUUAAAUAGUUCUGCAAGCUUGAAAAAUGGUGUGGUGAGCAGGGAAAGUAUGAACAACAACACUGGUAGUGCCUCAAAGAAGAAGAGCAAGAUUAAUAAAAACCUCAAACGUGUGAGAAAGCUGUCCAGCAUGACAGAAAAGUUAAGCAAAUCUUUUCUUAGUGGUGUUGGUAUAGUCAGUGGAACAGUGAUGGGUCCUGUGGUUAAAUCCAAACCAGGAAAGGCAUUCCUAAAGAAGCUUCCUGGGGAGGUGAUGUUGGCUUCCUUUGACGCCCUCAACAAGGUUCUUGAUGCAGCUGAAGCUGCUGAAAAACAAUCUUUCUCUGCCACUUCCAAAGCUGCAUCUAGAAUGGUCUCUAACAGGUUUGGGGAAAGCGCAGGGGAAGCUACUGAGCAUGUGUUUGCAACUGCAGAACAUGCCGCUCACACUGCUUGGAAUGUCUUUCAGAUACGAAAGGCCUUCACUCCAGCUUCUUCAGCAACCAAUACAGCUUCUAAAACAACCAAUGCAGUACUAAAAAAUGUUGCCAUGAUUAGAAGUUAUAAAUAG